AUGGAGGCUUUGUACAUUCAGCCCUUGAAAAAAGAUAGGGGGAUGAUGGAGGAGUCCGAGGAGGUAAAAAGUAGGGAACAGGAAGAGGGAGAAAUGGAGGCCUCCUCUCCCAUGGGCUCCACCACAGAUGAGGAAACGGAUGAUGACUCUGAACAAGAGCCCCCACUGGUCGUCCGGAGGAAGGUGUCAUUUGCCGAUGCAUUUGGCCUCAACCUGGUGUCAGUCAAGGAGUUUGACAAUGCUGAUUUGGCAGAGUCAGAGGACAUCGAUGCCCUUGAGAGGGAGGCGACAAAUCCAUUGGAGGAAUUCUAUAUGUCCUGCCUGUUUACACCCCCCUCAUCCCCAGAGGAGCUGGAUCAGAGGCUAGAAGCAGAGAUGGUGGAGCUGGAGAGUAUUGGGCUUCUCCCAGGAACCACCACACUCCGUGGCAUCAUCAAGGUGGCCAACCUCUGCUACAAUAAGUCUGUUUAUGCUCGGAUAUCCCUGGAUCAAUGGAAAACCUACUUUGACCUGUUUGCAGAGUAUGUGCCUGGAUCCAGCGAUAGAAAAACGGAUACAUUUGCCUUCAUGUAUACUCUGGUUCCUCCCUUUGAGAAAGGGGGGACCAGACUGGAGUUUUGCCUGCGUUAUGAAACAUCAGUAGGCACAUUUUGGGCUAAUAACAAGGACAUGAACUACGUGCUGUUCUGUCACCAGAGGGCACAGGGGCCUCAAGUGCAAGAAGAGAGUGCUGGCCACAAGGGCAAGAGGAGCUGUCUAAUAAGAACUAACAGGAGGGGAAGUGCAGAGGAAAAGACCAGGGACACCAUAAACACAGCAACAGUUGCCGCAGAAGCUGAUGCCCCACAUGAAGCAGUGGAAGCUGACAGAAAGACAAUGGACAGUGCAGAGAUACAAUCUUUAUUAUACCAUGAAGAACUCAAACCUUUGGUGGGUAACAUAAGAAGACGGCACAGAGCGGCACGUUUGGCACGUGUGCAAGACCUCUUCCAAAGGAAGCAGCAAGAACUGAAACCGAAGCCGAUAUCAGCCACGUGGGAUGACUCUGCCAGCUCUCUCGAGAAACGCCAAAAGAAACCAUCCAAUGAGAGUUCACAGGUACUCACCUACCAUCAGAUUCCUCUGCUUACAUUGGACUGGAAAGAUGAUAAACCCCAGCAGUGUGGGACUGCUGACAAGGAUGAUAUUUGGACCGGAAGAGCUAAAAUGUCAAAAGCGUCAGAGGAACCUUCUGUUGAUGAUAUGUGGGAGGCCUUUCUCAACGGUACAGAUGAAACAACUAGUAAAGAAACCUCUGUGUGCGAUGUAUGGCAGGCAUUUCUUCAUGGGCCGAGCUACAAGGACCAUUCUGGUGUUCCAGAGUCAGAAUGGCUGCAGACAGCAAUGCUGGUGUCUCCCCCAAAUGAUAAAGAGCCCCAAACCCAAUAUGUAGCAAGCAGUCAGGAGGAUGAAUUUCAGUUGGGCACAGAUACACCCACCACCUUACAAGCACACACCUCAGCUGCAUGUCAGCUGCUGUCAGACACUCGUGAAACAUCGUUGGCUAAUAUUGCCAUAAACGCUGAAGACCAACAGCCAGCAGAGGAAUGUGUCAGUGGCCCAAGAGAUGACAACACAGUGACACAGGAGGCAUCUCAAAGGUCACAGACAAACUCUGUUACAGACACUCUUCAGGAAUUUAGCCUCAGAGGGGCAACGCCCGUGUCCGAGGGCUCCGUUGACAGUUCAACUGAGUGUCACAAGCAAGCAAUCCAGGAGCAAGAAAGAGGAGGAAUAAUAGGAGAAGCAGGAGGAAUAGGAAGCAAUGAGUCCUCCAUGCCGCACACAGCUGACUUAGUAACAAGCUCAGGGGAGUUGGAGACAACAGACAUGACAGCAAUGCCAGAGUCUCAGAAUGCCAGCGCUGAUGAUAGGAUCUCACGGGGAACAGGGCUGGAUCAGGCUCUUUCAUACAGCCAGGAAGAGGAGGUUACAGAUUGUCUUCGACUUCUAUGCCAGACCUUCCAACACUUUCUCAUGGACUCAUUCCCUGGUAUCGACUCGGCUUGCCUCUGACCAAUUCUCCCUGUCUCUGCCCCGGUAAACGCAACAGCCUUCUAUCCCUGACCACGAUUAUCGCCUGUUUACUUCCUGGUGCCUGUCUGCCUGUGGCUGUGUGGCGUCCUCCGGUUUCAGUCUUGUCAGGAGAGCCAAGAGACUCCUGCCUGGUCAACCUCCUCAUCUCUUAGUGCUACUGGCGUUACCUUACCUACUGCCUAUUCUGUCGUCGGUGACCCUGAGCCCAGCCUGCCCCCCUACGCAUUCUGCCAAAUACCUGUUAAGUUACCUUGCUGACUGUACAAUAAAGA